AUGUCGCGGAACUUGUUGGACCAAGACUUCGGUUCCGAGGAGGAGGACGAUGACUUCAAUCCUGCGCCCGCAAAUGAAUCAGAGGAUGAGGAGGAACAACCAAAGGUUGGUCUCAGAAAGGUGGCAAGUACGAUUGCUAGUGCUGAUGAUGACGGACAGCAGUCUACGCAUCACGGCCAAGACGAGGAUGAAGAAGACGACUCGAGAGUUGGACAACCGAAUCGAAGGGGAAGUGAGGAUGAUGGUAGAGGAAGGCACAUUGACGACGCUGAGGAUGAAGACGAGGAAGAGGCCGAAAAUGAGGUGGCGGAGGACGGGGGAGACGAGGACGAGGAAGAGGAGGAUGAAGAUGAUGAAGACGCUGUUUCUGGUCGUCCACUGAAACGAAGAAGACACCGAGGUGUUCACAACUUCAUCGAAGACGAGGCAGGUGUCGACGAGGACGAAGAUGAGGCAGAAGAGGAGGAAGAUGAAUUGGCAGAGUUCGGCGGCGAGAUGCAUCCGGACGAUAUGGACGCGCUUCCUGUCGGCGCAGAAACCGACGACCGUCGGCAUCGUCAACUCGAUCGCCAACGAGAACUCGCGGCUAGCAUGGACGCCGAAAAGCAGGCGCAAAUGCUCAAGGAGCGCUACGGACGGAAAACUGCUGCCGCUUCUGAUUCGGUCGUUGUUCCGAAGCGAUUGCUCCUCCCCAGUGUUGAGGACCCAAGCAUCUGGGGUGUACGCUGCAAGGCGGGUAAGGAGCGAGAGGUCGUAUUUGCAAUUCAGAAACGUAUCGAAGAGCGGCCUCCGGGCUCUCGCAACCCUAUGAAAAUCAUAUCGGCCUUUGAGCGCGGGGGAGCUAUGAGCGGAUACAUCUAUGUUGAGGCGCGCAGACAAGCCGAUGUCAUGGACGCGCUACAAGAUAUGAGCAACGUCUACCCGAGGUCGAAAGUCAUCUUGGUUCCUGUGAGGGAAAUGCCAGAUCUCCUCCGAGUUCAGAAAUCCGAAGAACUUCUGCCCGGUGGAUGGGUUCGGAUAAGACGUGGCAAGUAUCAAGGGGAUUUAGCACAGAUUGAGGAAGUUGAAACGAACGGCCUAGCGGUGACUGUUCGUUUGGUCCCGCGACUUGAUUAUGGCAUGAAUGAGGAUACUGGUGCUCCUCUUGUUGAUCCCAAGAGGAAACGUCCCGGCGCGAACCCUACUGUUGCUCGGGCUCCUCAGCGUCUAUUUAGCGAAGCCGAGGCCAAGAAGAAGCAUGGCAAAUAUCUCUCCGCUACAUCCGGUCUUGGUGGCAAGUCAUGGAGUUACCUGGGAGAGACAUACAUUGACGGGUUUCUGAUUAAGGAUAUGAAAGUUCAACAUCUAAUCACAAAGAAUGUCAACCCUCGACUCGAGGAAGUCACUAUGUUUGCUCGAGGCUCGGAAGACGGGACCGCAAACCUGGAUCUUGCGUCUCUCGCCGAAACGCUCAAGAAUUCAACGGCCGAAGAUUCAUACCUCCCAGGGGAUCCAGUGGAAGUAUUCCGGGGUGAGCAACAGGGUCUGAUCGGUCGUACGUCUUCCACCCGAGGCGAUAUAGUCUCUCUGCAGGUCACGGAGGGAGAUCUUGCCGGGCAAAUCAUCGAUGCACCCGUCAAAUCUCUCCGGAAGCGGUUCAGAGAGGGUGACCAUGUGAAGGUCAUCGGCGGCAGCAGGUACCAAGAUGAGCUAGGUAUGGUGGUGCAGGUUAAGGAUGAUACGGUGACGUUACUCAGCGAUAUGAGUAUGCAGGAGAUUACAGUUUUUAGCAAGGACCUCCGGCUGUCGGCUGAGACGGGCGUCGACGGAAAACUUGGAAUGUUCGAUGUGCAUGAUCUUGUCCAACUUGAUGCUGCUACCGUUGGUUGUAUCGUUAAAGUUGACCGUGAAUCCUUGCGCCUCUUAGAUCAAAACGGCUCUAUUCGUACCGUUCUUCCCACACAAGUCACCAACAAGAUCACGCCGCGCCGAGAUGCCGUGGCCACCGAUCGUAACGGUGCCGAAAUCCGACAUGGGGACACUGUCCGAGAGAUCUAUGGAGAACAGAGGAGUGGCGUGAUUCUCCAUAUCCACCGUUCGUUCUUAUUCCUGCAUAAUAAAGCCCAGGCUGAAAACUCCGGAAUUGUGGUUGUGCGUACCAGCAACAUCGUCACGGUGUCAGCCAAGGGAGGCCGGUCGACGGGUCCCGAUCUUUCAAAGAUGAACCCGGCAUUGAUGGGAAAUCGCAUGCCCGGCGGUAUGAUGGGGCCUCCCAAGAGCUUUGGAAGAGACCGGAUGGUCGGAAAGACGGUCAUGGUUCGAAAGGGUCCCUUCAAGGGCCUUGUGGGUAUUGUGAAAGAUGCCACGGAUUCUCAAGCUCGCGUGGAGCUCCACUCCAAGAACAAAUUGGUGACAAUCGCAAAGGAAAUCCUGGUUGUGAAGGACCCUGUCACCGGCCAGACAGUGGAUAUGUCUCGGGGCAAGGGAGGCCACCGCGUUCCUUACGGUGCGUCUGCGGCUCCUAGCUCUGGCUGGCAAGGAAGCCGCACCCCAAUGGCGGUGGCGGAUUCCUCUAGAACUCCUGCCUGGGGUGGUCCAUCCUCCGCUCGGACACCGGCCUGGUCUGGUAUGGGUGGUUCUCGCACACCGGCGUGGAGAAAUGACGGGUCACGUACCUCCAAUCCCUAUGAUGGUAGCCGCACUGCAUACGGAGGUCACGGCUCUCGCACGCCUGCCUGGAACUCAGGCGCACGAACUCCCUACGACUACGGUUCCGGAUCUAGCGGCUUCGAUGCGUUUGCAGCGGGAUCCAGGACCCCAGCCUGGGGCGCAGCGAACGCCGGCAAUCGCACUCCCGCCUGGUCGGCCGGGACUACAGCCAGCAGUGGCAGCAAAGACCGCGGCUAUGAUGCUCCCACGCCCGGGGGGAACUAUUCCGCUCCGACUCCCGCCGCAUACGGUAGCGCUCCAACACCAGGAGCCUCGGCAUCCACGCCUGGUGCAUGGGCUGAUAGCGCCCCGACGCCAGGCGCCUUCAAUGCUCCCACGCCCGGAGGCCCGUCCAAGAGAGGAUAUGAUGCGCCGACGCCAGCAGCGUUUGACGGACCCAGUCGUCCGUACGAUGCCCCAACGCCCGCUAUGGGCGGGAUGGUGUCGACGCCUGGGGCGGGAGCAUAUGGAGACGGAGAUGACGGUGGCCCACGCUAUGAAGAAGGAACUCCGAGUCCUUAG